GAACAAACUUGAGAAGGACGGUGGGAGUGAUGAAGACGUUUCAGAGGCGCAAACGUCUCUGCCGCCAAUGCCUGAUCUCUCUCAGAAGACCUCGUCACAGCCUUCACCUCCAAGUCCGACCAUUCCUCGGUGCCUUCACAAGAAUCCCACUCUUCACUUCUGGUGAAACAGGAAGUCACUGCACACACCCCUGACUCUUCACAGAGUGACUCUGCACUCAAAAUGUCCCCCGUCUUCCUCCGUGACUGCAGCGUCAGGCUGAACCCCAACCUCCUGAGCACCAGCAGCUCCUCAAAGAACCUCCCGCAUACAAACGACAGCUCGCUCGGUUUAACCAGUCCUGAGCGCUCCGAGUCCAGUCCACCUGCCCCCAAAAGCCCCGUUUUCCUCAAAACUGACUCUAAAAGAUGCACCAAGUUAUCACGGGGCACACUUACCGAUUGCACUUCUCACAGCAGCUUUAAAGACAACGUACACAAAUCUGAAGACUUGUUAGGAGGAUCUUCAAGCCAUAAAAAAGGAGAUUCCCCGAAAAGCUCUUCGCACGGCAGGAAAGCUCCGGGGACGUCACACGUUCCGGCGCCUGAGGACUUUGUGAAGCUGAGACAGGUGAAGGAUGAAGGUGAAGGUUCUCUGAGCACGCUGCCAGACCGAGCGCCAGACUUGAAAGUGUCUUCCUGUACAGACUCCAAAUCUUUGGAUGAGUUCACUAGUCACAUGGUCCUUCAUUUGUCUGACGACGACGACGAAGAUGAUGAAGAAAACGACAAGAUUAUUCCUCCGAGCCCAGUCUUCCCUCAGGACCGUUCUUCACACGCCGGCCAAACGAAGCUCUCGCCAACGCAACCAUGCACCUCCUCUUCACCUCCUAAAAACUCAACAUUUCAGAAUAAAUCCAAUUCCCAAGCAUCUGAGCAGACCAAAGCUCUGAGAAAGUCUGCUGACUUUAAACUCACACCGACGGGGAAAGACGAAGGCCUCGUUUCCUACUACUGGGGAGUUCCAUUUUGCCCCAAGGGGCAAAGCCCGGAUGAUUACACCCGAGUCAUUCUCACUCAGCUGGAGGUGUACGAGAAGAGCCUGAAAGAAGCCCAGAGACAGCUAUUGCACAAAGUGGACUGGGGUCUUCCCGUGUUCCCGUGCCCGAUAGAGAGAGCACAUAGCAGGAGACUGAAGCGCCACAGAGCCCCUCAGCUUCUGGAGGAGGAGGAGGAGGACGAGCGAGACGAAGAAGAACGAGAGAAACAGAAAGAGAUGGACGAGUCUCAACCUCGGUCGGAAGAAGAAGCAGAGGACGGACAACGGGAGACGUACGUCGUCGUGUCCUCUCCGGAGACGGAGCUCGAGCAGAAAUCACCUUCGGCGUUCGGGCAGGCGGAGCCUUCAAAUUCAGCGAAACCUUCCAGUAGUUGCAGGAGGCCUGUUUCUCAGGAGCAUUUUAAAGACACUGAAAUCCAGCCUGAGGCUGAUGAGAACGGUGAAGAAGUUCAGAACGAAGGAUUUGACGCGGAGAGCGCCGUGUGUCCAGAAACCCAGAUGAGUGAAGACAACACACCAGAGCUGAUGGUGACCAGUCCCACACAGCCCCAGAUGCAGGCAGAGACUGACAUCAUGGAGGUGGAUGAACUUACGGAGCCACCAGCAGAACCUGAAGAGAGGAUGGAGCAGGAGCGUUCGGGCGAGGAGCAAUCGUGGAGGGAGUCUGUUCCCUCUCAGGUAGAGUGUCCCAUGUGCUCUCGCCUCUUCCCUCUCUGUGAGAUCGAGAUGCAUGCCGCCUACUGUAACGGCUCUGUAGAGGAGCAGGACCACGAUCACACCCAGGACCAGCUGGAGAACCUUUCACAAGGGAUUGCUCGACGGAAGAGCAUAAGAAGAACCGCGAUGGAAGACGAUGUGAGAUUUGAGAAAUCGGAGCAGCGAGAGAAAUGCUUCAUAUGUGAAAAGUUUUUCGUAACGAAGGAGUACGAGCAACAUGUGAACCAGUGCAUUAGACAGAAAAGUCUCGGACACAAGCAGGGAAACGGCUUGCUAUCUGCUUUGAAUAGGACAGAAACGGUGCAUCUAGAUGACAGUGGAGCCGGACCGUCUAAUACUGCAGUCAAAAACAAUCGCAGCCAUUCGGACGCCUCAGCGAAGCCUGCAGAUUCUCAAGCUCCGGCGUAUUCCGUCAGCACGUCUCCCUUUAAAUCUUUCACUCCCAUUUCUGAAAUCAAGGACUGCCUCAUCGACUUCCGGCAGCAGCACACAGACAGGACCAGCCAGAGACUCGGGAGGAAGAGGAAAUUUAAAAGAUAGCAUUAGAAUACGCUCCAGAACUCCGAUUAUCACGUCGCUUUUAUGCCAAGGCUAAUUCAUGUGCCGCUAUAUAUAUAUAUUUUUAUUUCUAUGUUGUAGUUACUUCAAUUAAACAAUGUAUUAUUUAAGGUGCCUUGUUGUUCGGAAUUUUGUAGAUUGUGUAAUGUUUUCUUUUAUAACACAUAAAAUCCUUAUAAAAAUGA